AUCGGAUGUUUUGUGAUUUGACAACCCUAACCACACCGUGCGUGGCUGCUUGUCAAGAACAUCAGUCAAAGAAAGCAAAUUCAUGAGAUUUUCAUAGUAUAAUUGUAUAUGUUUGUACUCAAGAUUAUAUAAACCAUGCCGAAAAAUAAAGGAAAAGGAGGUAAAAACCGGAGGAGGGGUAAGAACGAGAAUGAAACUGAGAAGCGUGAAUUAGUAUUCAAAGAAGACGGACAGGAGUACGCCCAAGUCACAAAGAUGCUCGGUAAUGGCCGCUUGGAGGCCAUGUGCUUCGAUGGCACAAAACGUCUUUGUCAUAUUCGAGGGAAGCUAAGGAAAAAGGUAUGGAUAAACCAAGGUGACAUCAUACUGAUAGGCCUACGAGAUUACCAAGACGCCAAGGCAGAUGUCAUCCUAAAGUACACUCCUGACGAGGCAAGGAAUCUGAAGACGUACGGAGAGUUCCCAGAAACAGUGCGCAUCAAUGAGACUGUGGUCUAUUCUGUGGAUGGUCUGGAUGAGGACAUUGAAUUCGGCGAUGAAGUUAGUUCAGAAGAUGAAGCUGAUGCAGUAGAUGCUAUAUGAGAACAUCAACCUAUAUUUAUAUUGUUUACAGUAAGUCCGUGUACAUUGUUUCCCUGUUAUGAAUAAACAUGACUUGGUGAUUUUA